CACGUCGUAUAUUUCCUAAAACUUGGCCGUCAUCAGCCGUCAUUUUGUGAUAUUUGUAUAUUUUGUCGGUAAUUUUAUGUGAUUAUUCGAAGAAAUGGCGAAAUUAGUGGAUGUUUACAACUGCGAUAAAAAUCCAGCUAUUAAACGGCGUCAGUUACCACUAACAAUUUACGAUAAUCUAAUUAUGAUAAUGGAUUUAAAUACUAUGGGCUUGAUCUGCGAUAAUCCUCAAGUAAAAGGUCGCGAAUACGAUGAAUUUUUGCGCAAAUAUAGAAUUCUCACAACAGAUGAGCUUAAAUCAGCACUGAGAGUUGACGCGUCAGAUAUUUUUAAUGUUUUAAAUCAAAGCAUUCCCUGUGUGGGCUGUAGAAGGAGUGUGGAAAGAUUAUUUUACCAGUUAUGUAAGUCAGGACAUCCAACAUUAGAUCCAAUAAUCCUCACACCAGGAGAAAUAAUGACAAUAAAAGAAGAUAAAAUAACAAAUCCUCAAGCUUUAGCAACUUUACUCAAUGGCCAUAGCUCAGGAAUAGAAUGUCUUAUUCUUAGUCAGCCACGAUGGAAGAAAUCACAGAGGUGUACCCUACAUUCACUAGAAGCAGGCAGUGCCAGAGGUUGGGGUGCUUCCACAACAUGUGGUUGGGGUUGGGCAGCCUGGAAUUGGGGUGGGAGAGCGGCUUGGCGCUCUGCCUGGGAUGCUAUGAAAACAUCAGCACGGGAACAUGUCACUCUCAUACAUUUUAAAACUUUACAUGAUACAAUACACAAUUAUCUACGGAAGCAUCGCUUCUGUGCUGAUUGCAAAACUAAGGUUUUAAAAGCAUACUUGUUGCUAGUUGAGGAAAAGGAACCACAGAAAGAAAAGGGCUAUGUUGGAGCAUUGUAUGGGGGAAUCAAGAGGUGCUUGUUAGAUAAGCAUUUACAUCUUCAAGCUAAAACAGAAUAUAUAGCACACCUUAUCAAUAGAGCAGAACCAGAAUUACUUGGGAACCACCGUGAGAGACAUGCAAAAACUCUGGAGAUUGCACAAGAGGAGGUGCUUAUAUGCCUCGGCAUAUGCAUAUACGAGCGGUUACAACGCAUAUCGCUAAGACUACGUGAAGAAGAAGGCACAUGUCAAACAUUGGCUGCUGUGGGAAUUCAAGCGCUGUACCGCAAGUUUGAGAUGGCUAUCGAAGUCAAGAGCGGCGUCUCCAAAUUACAGCUGUUGUACGAUGAGAUUACUCAAGAAGAGGUAACUAGGCAGCAACGGAAAGAACAGAAGAAACUCAAGCGGCGUAAGAAGAAAGAAAGGCAGGCCAUCGAGACAAAAUGCAAAGAAAUUGAUUCAGAGGAACCAGAAGAACCUGAAGAAAAAUGUGAAUGUGAGGAAUGUUUACAAGAAGAAAGGGAUGUACCGACUGAUUUGUCGACAGACAAUUGUAAUGAAUGUUUUGAAGAAAUGCAAACAAAUGCAGAUGGCUGCCAUUCAUGUCAGGAAGAUUUCACAGAACUUCAUUCUCUGAAAAAAGUUAAUAAUAACAGGGCUAAAAAAGGCAAUUUGUCACAAACUGAACACUCACAUGAUUGUGGCUAUUCAUCAGGGAAUAAUGGUGGAUGUUGUGAGACAAUGUCUGGAUCAUCAUCCCUGAUAAGUUCACCAGAAGGUUCAGAAGUGGCCUGUUCCGAAGGGUUUUGCAAUCAUGAGAGAGGGGACUGUCUUGAUACAAAGAGUGACAAGUUUUUAUAUACUGGACUCACGCUGUCAUUACAAGAGAUGCUGGAUACAUGUUCAUCAGAUGAAGAACACAACACCAGCUAUAUACCCAUAGAGGAGGUAAUGGAAUUCAAAUCGCGAAGGAAUAUAACGGAGAAACGACAAGAAUUGAGACAGAAUUUACGUAAAAAAUUUGCGCAAUUGUGUGUUAAUUCACCCCAAAAACCUGUCUCACAGAAAGAAAAAUAGAAAGAUAUUGAUACAUUCAAACUGCACGCAAUAUCCAGUAUCACAGAUUGGCAGAUUCAGAAAUUAUUUAAAAAAUAACAUAAGAUAAAUGUAAAGUAGUUGCAAUAGAUGGCUUACUUAUAAGUUUCCUACAUAUUAUGUCAUUUUAUCCCCUCGACCUAUACAACACUAAAAUUAACAUCUUUGUGUCAUGUUCCUUAAGUAAGAUUAUACUAUAGAAAAGAUGUUUGUAAUAUUGCCAAGCCUCUAGUUAGUAAUGUUUACCAUACUAAUGAGGCCAAAAAUCUUCCAAUGGUGAUUUUACAGCAGACAAGGAGGAAAACAUUAUUUAGAUGAAUGGUGAAUUAACAAAAUGUCCAAAUAAGUAAAAGGUGCUUGUAAAAUGACUUAAAUGAGGUCUUAUAAACAUAUUAUAUUGCUGAGACAGCUAUUUUAUAGGUGACACUUGUGCAUGUUUGAAUGAUUCCAACUGUUAACAAUAUUUAAUUCAUAAUUUGACUGGAUAAAACCCAGCAUUUAUCAAAUAAAAUAACUGUGUAAAAUAUUAGAGCUUUCUUAUGAGAUAUAGUAGCUUUUUUGAUCAAAUUAUAUUAUUUUCAUUGCUUUACUGGACGAGGUAAACAAUGUUUUCAUUUCAGGUAUUUAAGUGUAUAACAUGCUAUGUGUAACAUGAUGUUGUGUCAUUGGCUGUUUGCCACUGUUAUAAAAUCAAGAAAAAAAAAACAUUUGUAACAGUUUAAAUAUACUAUAAUUAAAUUAUAAAAUAUU